CCGUAUGUCUAGAGUCGCAUAACCAAAGACUAGCGUGGGAUCGGUCCGUACUGCCGCCGCUGCCUGCUUGCGCCUGCCUCAUCUGGAAUAGCACGGAAAACCGUUAUUUCUUUCUCUACAUCUUGAAGCGGCCAAUUUGAGGGGGUAUUCCCACUUGGCCAUUCUUGAUUUUGGGACGUUUUUUACUGUGUCAUAAUAGACGACAGUUCAGACUGCAAUUAGCAGUAGCACCUCCAAAAUUGUAUAAGGCAUCAUGGGAAAACAGAACAGCAAACUGACACCGGAGGUGAUGGAGGACCUUGUGAAGAGCACAGAGUUUAACGAACAUGAGCUCAAGCAGUGGUACAAAGGCUUCCUCAAAGACUGUCCCAGUGGAAGGCUGAACCUGGACGAGUUCCAACAGCUCUAUGUUAAGUUCUUCCCAUACGGUGAUGCAUCAAAGUUUGCACAGCAUGCAUUUAGGACCUUCGACAAGAACAGUGACGGCACCAUUGACUUCCGAGAGUUCAUCUGUGCCCUGUCUAUCACAUCGCGUGGCAGCUUUGAGCAGAAACUUAACUGGGCCUUCAACAUGUAUGACCUCGAUGGUGAUGGCAAGAUUACCAGAGUGGAGAUGUUGGAGAUCAUAGAGGCCAUUUACAAAAUGGUGGGCACUGUGAUCAUGAUGAAGAUGAACGAGGAUGGCCUGACACCAGAGCAGAGGGUGGACAGGAUCUUCAGCAAGAUGGAUAAGAACAACGACGACCAGAUCUCAUUGGAUGAGUUUAAAGAGGCGGCCAAAAGCGAUCCGUCCAUCGUGCUUCUCUUGCAGUGCGAUAUGCAGAAGUGAGGAGGAGGGGCUUGUCUGUAUAACAGCAGACCUGUACACUUUCUUUGGACAGGCAGCACAUGUUUUAAUGUCUCGUUAAGUUCUUCUUCUUCUCAGCCAUUUCCACAGGAAAAAAAUUAUGCUUGGACAAUUUUUCAAUGGACUUGCUUCUUGUGGUUGUAUGCAUGAGAAUGUCAAAUAGCUGCAUAAUUUGGAAUAUUAUAUUACACGAUAUCAUGACACAUUUAUGUUUUUAUCAAACCUAACCUGCCAAUGUGAAUUGUGCACAAGUAAUCCUAUUCCAUUUACCCAUUCACUUUUAGGCUAGCUUGUAUAUCAGUGAAGCGCUGUACACUUAAUUAUUCAGUUCCUGCAGUAUUUAGAUGAUCCAUGUCCACUGCUGCAGCUAGCUGCUAUUGCUAAUACUUAACAUGCUGAACAAUAAUUCCUACAAUAAUUGUAACUUGUCUCUAUAAUAUCCAAACUUAUUGAACUUUUGGGAAAAAAAUAGAGAUUCUUUGUUGGUUCCAGAUAAGGUGUUCUAUUUCUGACUAACAGGAGCUAACAUGUAGGUUCUAAUCUUUGCAUGCAUGUGUCGUGUUCAGACUCUAUAAUCUAACCUCUUUUUACGUUUUUGCAUCAAGAGGGGUAUUCAAGAAGAAGCCCUGCGAAAAGCGUUUGGUAUUGUUGCAUGGGAUGUACAGUAGUGAUUCACCAGACCAUUAGAAUAUUAACCUCCUGUGGGAGCAUGUUGCCCUCCUUAUUAAUAACAUAACCUGUGUGUAAUUAAAUGUGCCACUUGAGUUCUUGAAUGACAGCAAUUACGAGUCCUGGAUAUAACCUCUCACAGGGAGAUGGUUCUGAAAGUUGAGUAUGGAAUUAAAGUUUUUAAAAACUAUAGAAUAGAUAUGCUGAUAAUGAUAUACUAUCUAACCCAUUUAAUAGUAUUCUAUUCUUCCGUUGCCAUCAAUCAGCACCAGGCCAAUGCUUCUCUGUCUUCAGCGAUAUCAACCACCCAUCAUCCUUAGCAUUGCUGGAUACAUUAUACGGCAUGAUAAUUCAAAAUUGGUUGGGUUUCUCAGCCUGUACGUUUGCCCAUUCUAUUUACACUAGAAAGUAAAAUCAUACAUACCAAUAUGUUUACAGUAACACAGAGAACUGCAGCAAUGUAACAAUCUUGGCUUUCAGGGAUGGUGUCUGGUGCUUGAGAAAUAAGCACUUAUUUAAAGAGUCAGUUAAGAAAAGCCUAAAAUGAGUUUACUGGACAUACUGCAUUCUUACCAAUGGUACUUUUAUAAAAUAAAUACUUUUUAUUCAAGAUUUCAUCUUCUAGUCGCUUAGUCAAUGUAAGUUUACAAUGGUCUGUGAUGAUGCAGAAUCCUGCUCAAGAUACAAGAAGUGCUAGAAGAAAACAAAGCGUAGAAAAAUAAAAGAUAGUAGUCCUGUUUCAAAUAUUCACCUAUAUGGAUUACAGAUGGAGUGAGGUGUACUUUUCCUUGAACAUAGUAGACCUAUGUACCAUUUCAAAGCUAUGCAGGCAUGUACUUGCAAACAUUCUACGUACUAUACUAGUGGAAGUUGGCACCGUUAUUCACCAAUCUGGAUACGUCAUCAUGUAGAUUUCACUGUAAAAUAUAUAUAUAAAAAAAGAGGGAACAGAAUAUGUCGUUUUAAUGCACAACUGUAAGUCACUCGUCUGAAAUAGUAUUGGGAGUUUGCUCAUGAAUAAUUUCACAACAUUUUUGUUUGAGUGUUUAUUGUGCAAACUGUCAAUCCUAUUCUAGCUGGACACCUUACAAUUAUACAUUUAACUAGACUUUUCUUUUUUCCACAGUGUUUAAUUCAUUGUUUAUUAUUAUUAGUCUAUACUAUUAUUUGUACAGGAUGAUCCAAACUUCAUAUUAACAAUGUUUGUCAAGUAAAUGUUUAUACAAAAUAUGAAAAUAUCAAAUUCAAAAGAUAAGUGACUGUAUUUUGUUAUUCUUUUUUUAUAUAUAUACAUGUGGCAUGUGUUGCACCCAAAAUUAAAUGGUUACAUUCUCUAUGUAGUACUAAUUAAACUCAAUAAAAACAUCAAUGGGCUUUUUCAAAA